AUAUGGGCCCAGCCCAGCCCACUAAUCUAAGUUCGGGCCGAAUAGGUGAUUCGCAAGACGAAAAGUAGUAAAUAACCGGAUUCCAAAUUUACCCUCCAAACCACAACGACUCUUUCGAGCUAAACACUCGCUCUCUCCGCCACUUCACUAUCCCAUUCCCACCCACCAACAAUGAUACCCGUAACCGCCACUCUCAUCCGCCACCGUCUCCGGCACUUACGCCACCGCAUCAGAUUCAACUCCACCGCUGUUUCUCCUCCUCCUACUCACUCUAUUCAUUUACCACUCAACCACCCUACCUACUUAAUUUGGUCAGCCAACACUUCUCUCGGCAAAACCCUCGUCUCUACCGGCAUCGCCGCCUCUUUCCUCCUCCAACAACCUUCAUCUUCCGCCACAAAACUCCUCUAUUUGAAACCUAUUCAGACCGGCUUCCCUUCCGAUUCCGAUUCUCGUUUCGUCUUCUCCAAGCUCGAUUCACUCUCCCUCCGUCGCCAAAUCCCUCUUUCAAUCUCCAACUCUGUUCUCCGUUCUUCACUCCCCGCCGCAGAAUCUCUGGGAUUGAAUGUUGAAGUCAGUGACACUGGGAUGUGUAAUUUGAACUUCCGGGAGGAGAAGACUGUCACCGGUGCGCCUGAACUUUUGUGCAAGACGUUGUAUGCUUGGGAAGCAGCUAUCUCUCCGCAUUUAGCUGCGGAGAGGGAAAACGCGACGAUUGAGGACUCCAUCGUGUUACGGAUGAUUGAAAAGUGUUUAAAGGAAGAGAUGGAGUGUGGAAGUAGAAGCGAGAAAUCGGAUUUACUAUGUUUGGUGGAGACUGCCGGUGGAGUUGCUAGUCCUGGACCGUCGGGAACUCUUCAAUGCGACCUCUACAGGCCUUUUAGAUUGCCUGGAAUUCUUGUCGGAGAUGGGCGGCUUGGUGGUAUCUCAGGGACUAUUGCAGCUUACGAGAGUUUAAAACUUCGUGGAUAUGAUAUUGCUGCUGUUGUUUUUGAAGAUCAUGGCCUUGUUAAUGAAGUUCCAUUAACUUCAUAUCUAAGGAAUAAGGUGCCGGUGCUUGUGCUUCCGCCUGUUCCCAAGGAUCCUUCAGAUGAUCUAAUAGAAUGGUUUGUCGAAUCCAAUGGUGUUUUCAAAGCUUUGAAAGAAACAAUGGUGUUAGCUUAUUUGGGGAGAUUAGAAAGAUUAAACAGCAUGGCUAAGCAAGCAGGAAAGGUUUUCUGGUGGCCAUUUACUCAGCAUAAACUUGUGCAUGAAGAAACUGUGACGGUUAUAGACUCCCGAUGUGGUGAAAAUUUCUCAAUAUACAAGGCUUCCGAUAACAGUUCUCUUACCCAGCAAUUUGAUGCUUGUGCAAGCUGGUGGACACAGGGGCCAGAUCCUACUUUCCAGGCUGAGCUUGCUAGAGAAAUGGGUUACACUGCUGCUAGGUUCGGGCAUGUUAUGUUUCCUGAGAAUGUAUAUGAACCUGCCUUGAAAUGCGCUGAGCUCUUAUUAGAUGGAGUGGGAAAAGGCUGGGCUUCUCGAGUAUACUUCUCAGAUAAUGGAUCCACAGCAAUCGAAAUUGCCUUGAAGAUGGCAUUUCGUAAGUUUUGUGUCGAUCAUGAUUUUUGCGAGAAAAGGGAAGAGGAAAAGCAUAUUGUGGUUAAGGUCCUAGCUCUUCGGGGAUCUUACCAUGGGGAUACUUUAGGAGCGAUGGAAGCACAAGCACCAUCACCUUAUACAGGCUUUCUCCAGCAGCCGUGGUAUACUGGAAGAGGUCUGUUUCUGGAUCCUCCUACUGUCUUUCUCUCCAAUGGAGCCUGGAAUAUCUUCCUCCCUGAAUGUUUUUCUGAAAUAGCCCCAGAAGAAUGUGGAACCUUCUCCAUCCGUGAUGAAAUUUUUGACGAGAGCAGAGACGCAACAACUCUUGCAAGAAUAUAUUCAGCCUAUGUAUCGGAGCAUUUACAAGAGGAUUCUGGAGUUAGGCAAUCUGCCCAUGUUGGAGCACUGAUAAUAGAACCAGUAAUCCAUGGUGCUGGGGGAAUGCACAUGGUUGAUCCGCUUUUUCAACGAGUUUUGGUCAAUGAGUGCCGGAAUAGAAAAAUUCCAGUCAUUUUCGAUGAAGUGUUCACAGGAUUCUGGCGUCUUGGAGUAGAGACCACUGCUGAACUUCUCGACUGCAAACCGGACAUAGCUUGCUUUGCCAAAUUGUUGACUGGUGGAAUGGUUCCUUUGGCUGUCACUCUUGCCACAGAUGCUGUAUUCGAUUCAUUUUCUGGCGAUUCCAAGCUUAAAGCCUUGCUUCAUGGUCACUCAUACUCAGCUCAUGCUAUGGGUUGCGCAACAGCCGCCAAGGCCAUCCAAUGGUUCAAAGAUCCAGAGACUAACCAUAACAUCACUUCACAAGGAAAAACCUUAAGAGAGCUGUGGGACGACGAACUGGUGCAACAAAUAUCAUUUCACUCCGCGGUUCAAAGGGUGGUUGUAUUAGGAACCCUUUUCGCUCUAGAACUAAAAGCAGAUGCUUCCAAUUCCGGGUAUGCUUCGUUGUAUGCAAAGUCUCUUCUAGAGAUGCUCCGAGAAGAUGGAAUCUUCACGCGCCCUCUCGGCAACGUUAUUUAUCUCAUGUGUGGCCCUUGCACCUCGCCGGAAAUUUGCCGCCGGUUACUCACUAAGCUCUACAAAAGGCUCGGAGAAUUCAACAGAACAUGAAACCCAAAACUCUCCAGCUUAUUUUGUUGUCGCCUUUGUAUUUGUUGCAAAUUUUAAUGACAUUUGGAAUCUGAAUAUUUUAUAAUGGUAGGUAGAUCUCUGGAAUUCUUUUCUUUUUCUUUUCC